UUAUGUUAGUCAAACAUAAAACUAAAAUCUCGUGUGCUGUGUGCUCCGCUGAAAUUCGCAAUUUUCAUCAAUAAAUCAAUUUAGAAAAAUGAGUAGUGAUAGUGAAUCAACAGAUACAGAACAAGGAGCAAGGAAAAAGCAAGUGGAAAAGCGAAAAAGAAAGAAAUACAGCAGUGAUUCAGAAAUAGAUGAACACAACAAUGAGAGUGAGGUUAAGAUUCCCCGGAUCAAUCCCAUUAGUGUCAUCCGGAAUAAGGCAAAGCGGUCAAAGGCGUUCCAGAAGGUGCAGCAGGAACGAAAGAAAGCACAGAAGAAGGAGCGAAAGAAGAGACAACAGGAAGGUGGUGAAAGAAGCACUGGACACACACUUGAGAGCCUUCGGGAGGCAGAUGAGACAACUGUGACACAUCUAGAGGACUCUGAGAAUGAGGAACUUCGCUUGGAGAUGCAGAUGGAUGAGGUCAGCAACUACUACAGCAAGGAAAUUGAACCUAGGGUUCUAAUUACCUUUUCUGACCAUCCAAAUCCACAUACGAGGAUGUUUGGUCGGGAAUUGACCAGAAUCAUUCCCAAUUCCAUCACUAGGCUGCGGAAUAGGUCUUCCGUGAAGAAAAUCUGUGGCAGUGCAAUCAGAGAAAAUUACACAGAUGUCCUGAUUGUCAAUGAGAAUCAGAAGAAAGUCAAUGGAUUGCUCCAUAUUCAUCUUCCAAAUGGUCCUACGGCUCACUUUCGCGUCAGCAAUGUCCAGCUGACGUCUGAGCUGCGAAAGAACUACCGGGAGAUUAGCAAGCAUCGCCCGGAAGUCAUCCUUAACAACUUCACCACGCGUCUAGGACUCUCAGUUGGGCGGCUUCUUGGUUCUCUGUUUCACUACGAUCCAGAAUUCCGGGGACGUCGAGCUGUGACUUUCCACAAUCAACGGGACUACAUCUUCUUCCGGCAUCAUCGCUAUGAGUUCACGAAGGACGGCAAGAGAGCCAAACUCCACGAACUCGGACCUAGAUUCACCCUGAAACUGAGAUCUCUGCAACAGGGACUCUUUGACAGCAAAUGCGGAGACUACGAGUGGAUAAUAACCAACAAACGACACAUGAUGGAGGCCAGGAGGAGAUUCUUCCUUUAGAAAAAAAACUGCUUCCACAAUCACCAAUUUAUUCACGCAACAAGACUCCCGGAUACAAAAAGGGCAGUAACUGGGGAGAUUACACCGGAUCUCACAUCAUCGGACACUGGUUGGGAUUAUUCAACUGGGUAGGAUCAACACCCACGUCCAUCAGUUCAGCCGGUGGCUGGCCCAGUUCCUGCAUCUGCAAAAAAAUAAAAAGAUUUUUUUUGUUUAAUAAACCGGAAAAAUCCUGUAAAACAAA